CUCUUCCCUUCUCUGACUCCAUCUCUCUGAGUCUGAGGAGUUUGUUUCAGCAAAACCAUGUCCUGCUCCAAUCUAACAAUGUGGGCAUCGUCUAAACCUUCUCUAUCUGAUCCUUCCACACUCUCCUUCCGCUCUCUCCUCAACCCGUUUCGUCACCCUUCUCAUGGUUCCAUGACCAGUAACCCCUCUCGCCCUCAUUCCACGAACCCAAUUCAAUGUGGCCUCCGUGAUCUUAGAGACCGUAUUGGGUCCGUGACGAACACCCAGAAAAUCACAGAAGCGAUGAAACUUGUGGCGGCAGCUAAGGUCCGAAGAGCCCAAGAAGCCGUCGUCAAUGGCCGACCCUUUUCCGAGACCCUAGUCGAGGUUCUCUACAACAUCAAUGAGCAGCUCCAGACUGACGAUAUCGACGCUCCUCUUACCAAUGUCCGAACUGUAAAAAAGGUUGCCCUGGUUGUUGUUACGGGUGAUCGGGGUCUCUGCGGUGGAUUCAACAACGCAAUCAUCAAGAAGGCCGAGGCCCGGAUGAGAGAUUUGAAGGCUCUUGGCGUCGAAUUCACUAUUAUCAGCGUUGGAAAGAAGGGUAAUUCCUAUUUCCUCCGCCGGCCAUAUAUUCCGGUAGAUAAGUUUCUUGAAGGAGGGAACCUCCCCACUGCGAAAGAAGCUCAGGCCAUCGCCGAUGAUGUGUUCUCGCUCUUUGUCAGUGAAGAGGUCGACAAGGUGGAGCUCUUGUACACCAAGUUUGUGUCAUUGGUCAAGUCUGAACCUGUGAUUCACACUCUGCUUCCGCUCUCCCCUAAGGGCGAGGUUUGUGAUGUCAAUGGCAAUUGUGUGGAUGCUGCAGAAGAUGAGUUGUUUAGAUUGACAACCAAGGAAGGGAAAUUGACAGUGGAGAGGGACACCAUGAGGACAGCAACACCUGACUUCUCACCCAUCUUGCAGUUCGAGCAGGACCCAGUUCAGAUCCUCGAUGCUUUACUGCCUCUCUAUCUGAACAGUCAGAUUCUGAGGGCACUGCAGGAUUCACUGGCUAGUGAGCUUGCAGCUAGAAUGAGUGCCAUGAGCAGUGCCUCUGAUAAUGCGAAUGAGUUGAAGAAGAGCCUCUCAAUGGCCUACAAUCGGGUGCGUCAAGCUAAGAUCACGGGCGAGAUAUUGGAGAUUGUGGCUGGGGCUGAUGCUCUUACAUAAUUUCAAUGAUUUGGAGGUGGUUAUUGCUUUCCCCUUUUUGUUGUAAUCCUGUAAUCUUAUUCUCCCUUUUUGUUUCCUGGUGGAUAUUUUCUGAUUCAUUCAAAUAUCCUUGUUUAAGAUACUUAGAACAGACAGCUUCUUAAUUGAAUAACAGAGCUGCUUUACAAGGAGAAUUGCAAGGUAAUUUGGGAC